UUUGUUUAUUUCCAGUGCCUCCACCACCUGGACGUAGGCCUGCCCCGCCCCCAGCGCCUGAUGAUGAUGAUAUGCCCCCACCCCCACCACCACCCAGACCACCUAAACCUGGGGAGAAACCAGCCAUUGGGCACAGCAAUAAACCCCCACCUGUCCCUGCAAAGAAUGCUGAACCAACUGAAGACUAUGAAGUUCCAGAGAAUCCCCACAUGCAGAACAAAGAUAUACCACCACCUCUGCCCCCAAACCACCCCAAGCCAAGUCAUGGUCAAGACAGUUCAGAUGAUGAAUAUGAAACACCUCAAACAGAUUCUGGUGGCUCAUUGCAUGAAAUCAAACCCAAAAUUACUGCAAAAAGUCCUCUACCACCGCUGCCAAAGGAAGCCAAAUCACCCCAAGGACUUACCAAACCUAAACCUAAGCCAGCAGAAAAGAAAGUACCCCCUGUUCCCAGUUUUAAACCUCAACCUGUAACUAAUAAACCAGCUAUAGUACCCAAACCACAGGCAAUUAAUAGGACAAAAAAUACACAAAAUAAAAUACCAAUUCCGAAGGAGACUGAAAAUGACAGUAAAGAUAUAAGUCUUGCAAAGGAAAAGGCAGGAGGUAUAGCAGCAAGGAUAGCAGCCCUGCAGAAAAAUGCUGGGGCAGCAGACGUUCCUGUUCCCGUGCCAGGAAAGUUGCCCAAACCUAAGCCAAGUAGUAACAGUGUGUCUACUGGUGUGUCAAGAACCCAAUCAAAUGCUGACGAAAGUAGUUCUUCCUCCCCUGUCAGCAAAAGGUCACAAUCUCCAGAAACUGUAGAAAAGAAGCAGCACAAACCACCUAAAGGUGGAGCAAAAGCCCUGCCUCCCAUUCCUAAAGCUGAAGAGCCAGAGGACACCCCACCACCUCCUCCAAGUGUAGCUACCAUACCACAUAAAAAAGAUCGCACACCAAUUGCAAGUAAGAGUCCGUCAUUCAACCCAGGUUCUCGUCCUCUGCCUCCACCACCAGGGGGCAGUCAAAGCAUGGAUGAAGAGAACAUUGAAGCAGAGUCAUGGUAUCAUGGGGACAUCUCUAGAGACGUGUCAGACCAGCGCCUUAAAUCUCUAGGAACUAAUGGAUCUUUUCUGGUGCGCCUCAGCAAGAAAGGUGGACCUACUAGUCCAUAUUCUUUAUCUCUGUUCCAUGAAGGAAGGGUUUGGAAUCUUCACAUCAGAAAGAAGGCUGAUGCAUCUUUUGCAUUAGGCAAUGAAAAACCUAAUGAAUUGAGCUUUCCGUCAGUCUCAGAACUAAUCAGUUAUCACCAGACUAAUCCCCUGGUUUUAGCAGGUGCUCAGAGUGGUCAGACACAGCUCAGGAACACUCCAGACAAGUCAUAGCAUUAGCUAUAAUGACUGGACUGACACUUUGUCUGAACUUGUAUAGAUUGACUCAGAAAAAAUAUCAUGUAUGGAACAGGCUCAAAAAAAUUGUUUUUUUUUUAAUAUCAUAAUAUCCGGAUAAAAAUAUGGAGCCAUCACUUAAUUUUAUAAUUAAAUUGAUAAUUGCUUUGUCCCUGUAUGUUUGAUAUUUAAAUAUGAUAUCAUGGCAUUUUCUAUGCACAAAAUAAAAGACAGGUAUGUAUAUUAAUAGAUUUACAAGAUGUGAAUAUAUAACAUAUUAAGCUACUAUAUUUCCAACACACCAAGUUCUUGUUAAAUCACAUGAAAAUAAUGCAGUUAGCCAACACUUUGAUCGACUGUUUGUUUUACAGUUUUAAAGCAUUUUUUAAUUAAAUCCCAUAUGAAAAUGUUACAUCAGCAUCUCAGAAUGCAGUAGGCUACCAUUCUUUGAUAAAUAACAAAUCACUGAAAUAAAUCAGAAGGGAUUUAUAUCAAGUGUAAAAAAAAAUCUGUGAAAAAUUAUUAAUUUGCAUAAUUUUAUUUAUUUGUCUUUAUCUGCUUGAUGUCCAUGUUAUUUUUAAACCAAUACAAAGUGUAAUAUUUUAGUAUAGCCUUUGGAUUAAAUAAAUGCUUGAAAAAGAACAUAUUCUUAACAGUAAUCAGCCCAUAAAUAAUAGUACCUGUAUGUAUAUUUGAGCAUUUCAUAAUUAGUUUAACUGUAUAUAACAAGCAAGGAGAGUAAUUGAUCAAACUGGACCUGCAUUAAAACUGGUUUAUUGUGAAGUAGUAGGUAGGGACACUAGUGCAUAUAUUGUCUAAGCAUAUGGACAAAAUGUGAAAAACUUAUGUACCCACAUUUAUACAGACGUGUCUAUACUCGUCCUUACAUAUGUAUAUAAUCAUUUAUUAUAUACCAUUUGACUAAUCCUUAGUCAAUUUAUUUUUAAACAAUUGUCAUACUUUCUAUAAUUGCAAAGCAAUUGAAUUUUUAUUGAAGUAAAAAUCAUGGCUUUGUUGAAGAUGGUCACAGUCUACUUGUUAAUCUUGCUAAUGUAUUAUCUAAGUUAAAAUGCAAAUGUUAAGGUUGUGGCAUUUUCAGGUGAGACAUUCUUAUCAAAAAUGGAUUCAAAAUAACCACUCUAUGAUAUUAAUAGUUUUACUUUGGCAAAUUAUUGAAUCAAAACUAGACACUGUUAAGUUGAACUGUUUUAAAAUUUCAGCAUAAAAGCUAAGGUAUUGGCCCAUAUUAAUGUAACAUAGAAAAAAUAGAUAUUGAAUGUAUCCUGGGGCAUUUUCCUUAAUGCCCCUUGUCAACUAAUUUAUGGUUCAAUCAUGAUGACCUGGAAUAACAAUAUCCAUCAAGACUUUUUGUCCUGAUAUUAACAAAUAAUAAAAUGCAAAUGUUAUAAGCAUUCACAUAUUUCACUCGUAUAAUUCUAAGCAAUUAUGCAUUUAUUUUGAUAGAGAAACAAUUGACUCCUGUGCCUUUAGAUCCAAUAUGCCUUUUUUUUUGUUUGUUUAAUGAUGUAAUUGUGAGUGUAUACUAUUUGUUUCAGUCUCCUUUCCUUAUAUAAUGGGCAGUUGUUUUCAUAUUAUCAGUAUUAUUUUAACAGGUUUAUUUGCCUGUAUUGUUUCUCAUAUGUAGAAGAAAUACAAUCUUUUGUAUAUUCUUCCAAGUUCAUCUUUCACACUUGUAUAUCAGUAUGUAUAUAUAUUUCAGUUUUACCAAGGUGAAAGUGCUUUACAAUAUAAUGUUAUCAAGUUAGAAUUUAUCCAUUAUAAAUCCAGCUUUACUGAUAAUUAUUUACAUCCAAAUAAAUCUUCAUAUUGCAUUGGAGGUUGGAGAUUGCAACCACUUUAAUGUAGUAUUUUAGGUUUACUUGUUACAUUGAAUAUCAUGAUCUAUAAAUCCAUUUAGGAUGCCACCAAUUAUUCAGCAAGCAUCUCUCAGCACCAGUGUGGGUAAUAUUAUCAUCACAAGAGCACAUUAAUGUGAAUAUGAACAUUUUUUGUUUUAAAAGGCAGAAGCUACCUUGCCAUUUUUUCC